GAAAUUGCAAAACUGUUAAGACAUCCAGCGGCUAUACCCCCCCGCCUAAGUAUCCGACAUGGUAUGGCCCAAUCAUUUGAGCUUCUCGGUCGUUGUAGAAAGUUCAAUAAGCAAUAGAGAGAUCUGUGUUCGGUAAUGUCUUCAACUCUGACUAUUUUUAAUUCGGAAAACAAAAAAAAGAUUUUGUGUGUGAAAAUUUAGGAAGCCGUGGAACUUCAGUGUGAGCUGUUUCGCCUCACAAUAUAUCAUGAUACAAUAUGGACCAGCUGUUCUGGAACAGAUAAAAAGUAAAAGAUAGAGAAAACAAAGAGAGGAUUGGAGCUGAAGCACAGUGAGAGCACUUAUCGCAGACAUACAGAAGACAUCAUGUCUGCUUCAAUAAAGCAGGAGCGAACCAUUUGUGUUCUCCUCCCCAACAAAGACCAGCUGGACAUCACUGUCAGGCCAAAGUCCACAGGGCAGGAUGUUUUUAUUCGAGUGACGGAGCUUCUUGGAGUCAAAGAGCUGCACUUCUUUGGCCUCACAGUGGUGAAGGAUAAUGAGCACAUAUUUUUAGACAUGGAGGAGAAAGUGAACAAGUACUUUCCUAAGGACUGGAGGCAAGAUUCAGGAAAAACACUUCAGAAGAGACCGUUGCCUUUAAUACUCUGCCUCAAAGUGCAGUACUAUGUUGAGAAUGGGAGACUUAUUUGUGAACGAAAGGCACGGCAUCUUUACUACUCUGACUUGCGCGAGCGAGUGCUUCGCUCUGAAUGUCGUCAGCAAGAGGAGGCGUACUUCCAGCUGGCAGGUUACGCCUUGCAGGCUGACCUUGGUGACCACCCGAUGCCUAAGGAGUCCACCCCUUACUUUGAACCCAAGGAUUACUUUCCCCCCUGGAUUAUAGCUAAGCGCGGAGUGAACUACCUCCUCUGCCAUGGGCCCAAAGUGCAUCAGGAGCUGUGGGGCAUGUCAGCCCGUGAUGCCGUGCUGCUCUUCAUCAGGGAGUCGUGUCGACUGGAGGAUGUACCUGUCACGUUUUACAGACUGCAAAAGGACAAAAAGGAGGAGAGGGGAACGGCAUUGCUCGGACUGACCCUGCGUGGAAUGCAGGUUUAUCAGGAGAUGAACAACAUGCGACAGCUGCUAUACAACUUUCCUUGGACAAACGUGGGACGUCUCACUUUCCUGGGGAAGAAAUUUGAGAUCCAGCCAGAUGGUUUACCGUCAGCGAGGAAGCUGGUUUACUACACUGGCUCGUCGUUCCGCUCUCGCCACCUCCUCCUGCACCUGAGCAGCAGCCAUCGUCUUUACCUCAGCCUCCAGCCUGCCCUCAAACACCUACGCCAGCUGGAGGAGAGCGAAGAGAAAAAACGUUACAGAGAAUCUUACAUUAGUGAUGACCUGGACUUGGACCCCCCCGGCAGUGAGAGCAGCCCUGGUCUGUCGCGACACUCGACCAGCAGCUCUGGAAUUGAAGCAGAUGCCCGUCAGCACAGCAUCUCCACAGAGAGGGCCUCUCUGGAGGAGGAAGGUCGGAUGUGUUUUGGCUCAGCAGCCAGCCGUGUCAGCCCCUGUACCUCUGGGUUGGAUGCAGGCACCAAAAGUCAGACUGAAGAUGAGUGGUGGCAAGAGCAAGUUAAGGCCACUGAUGGAAGUCCAAAUGAUGUUGUUGGGGAAGAACCCGAUGACAUGUUCCAGUUGGCUGACCUUCUUCAAGGGGUUUCUGUGGAUUGUGCAGAACGCACCUUGGACACUCUUUCAUCAGAAAAUAAAUCAUCCACCCCAGACACAGAUGAAUAUCAUGGAAAUGUACACAAUGAAGAUAUGUCACAACAGAUGCUGAAAUCUAGGGCACCAGUAUGUGUGGAUCGGCACAGCCACAGUCUAGAUGAUGUCAGUUUCCUUCCACCUCCUGCCCCCCUGGGAACCACAUUGCUGCCUGAUUCCUCCCACAGCUACACAUUUGGGUUCCCAGGUAUCUCAACAAACACAAAGACCCCCGUUGAUCAAACUUGUUACCCCGUUUUGCACUGCCCAGCCAAACCUUCAUUCUACGGCCGCAGGUCAACCAACAGCCUUUCUCUGGACAUGUUAGAUGAUGAACAGUUCUUGGAAUUCAUUCUUUAAAGAGUUGUCCAUAAGUACGUCUCAUCCUUCUCAUCCUUCAUUUAAGAUGCAACUAAAGUCACGGGUUGCCAACAAAUCAGUGUCUGUUCUCUAUAUGAUGGAAACAAUGGUUUGCUUCAAUUUUUAGAGAGACAUUACUGACACUACGCCCUCAUUCCUGUUACUAAAGCAGACAGAUCGAACAAAUCAAGGAGCAUAUUAAACCAUAAACAAAGCAUAUUUAUUAUUGUAUAUUGUGUACACAAUACUUGCACUAUUUUAUUACUUUUUUAAACUUUUUUUAAGAAAAAAGCAUUUUAAUUUGUUUUUUUAUUUUGUAAUGUAAUCAUGGUUGAAAACGUUUAAAUCUUUAAGUGUUUCGAGCAUAAAGUAAUACAUUUUCUAACUUUUUGAAUCAAUGCAGUCAGCAAGUAUUUAAAUUCAUGUGCUUUCCAUGUCAUCCGCCAUUUUUUUUAUGUAUAUAUUAACUUGAAUUUCCUUAUUGCAUUUGUAGAUGCCUUGAUGUUAAUGAGUUGGUCCUGUAUUCCCUUGUCCUAUAUUUUUUUUUAAAUCAUCUUUUAUAUUGUACUCCAUUUCUACACUGUGUGCUCUGUCAUGCAUUUCCUAUUAGUCUGCCUCAGCAAUGUAUCUGGUGAUGUGGAAAAUUGAACCUCCUUACAGUUGCUAAUGCAUGAAUCCAAAGCUUCCCCCCAUUUGAUACUGUCCUCUCGUGUUCCCUAAUUACAAGAGAAAAGUAUUAUUUGUAAAGAGCUAUUUCUGUAUCCAGCAAGUGUGUAAUGAAUCUGCAGUAUUUUCAAAUUAUGUAACCCCAAAACAAACGAGCCUUUCUGACACUUGUCAUCCAUUUUUUCCCCACUGUUUUGUAAAUGAUAAUGGUUUGCAAAAGAAAUCCCCUGAUGUCUUAAGCCAGCAUGAAGUCACUGGAAAAGAAUGUCAGUGCCUGAACACAGACAAGCUUUAAACCAAUGUUCAAUAAUGUGUUAAUAACUGAUGGUGUUGAAUACCGAACAAUUCAUUUUUUUUUUUAAAGCACUGUUUUUUCAAUCAUGGUGUAAAUAAAUCCGUAAUACCACUAA